GAAAUUGAAAAAUAAGAAAGCGCCAUGUAAACAGAGCAGCGUGGGGGACCAGCUGACCUGACCCGUGGCUCAUCUGCACCGCCUGCGUCUGUCCCGUGAUCCUCGCUGCCCCUGGUGCCUCACACUGCCAGGGACGACAGAACACCCUGCUGCAGUGCCCACGCCUACAUCCCCAUCGGGUUGCACUAACUAAUCUAACUCCCUGCUCAGGACGCCACCGCUCACCUGCACCUGUGACACAAACUUGACACUCUCUUAAGGCCAGACUUCUCUCAGUCACACGUCACCAUGUCAUCUCUUCGCAAUGCCCACAAGACACAGCGCGUGCACAGGGAGCGCCACCAGCCCCUGGGGAGGAACCACCUGGGGCCCCUCGAGAAGAAGAAGGAUUACCGCAAGAGAGCAAAGGACCAGAAUGACAAGAAGAAGGCUCUGGAAACACUGCGGAAAAGAGCACUCAACAAAAACCCAGAUGAGUUUCACUACCACAUGAUAAACAGUGGCCUUAAGGAUGGCAUACACUUUGAGAAGGUGAAGGACGAGGAGCUGGCAGUGGGGGAUGUGAUGCAGGACUUGGUUUAUGUGUCGCAUCGCAGGAAUGUGGAGAAGAAAAAGAUAGCCAAGCUCAAGGCUCAGCUACACCUGCUGGAUGUGGAGCAGACACAGCCCAAAAACACUCAUGUCCUGUUUGUUGAUGAUGAGAAGGAAGCCAAGAGGACAUCAGCUGCCAAGCUUCUAGACACUCAUCCUGCACUGCUCAGCCGAACCUUUAACCGCCUGCGUUCUUCUCAGCUGGCCUCCCUCCCUGACCAGCUGUCAAACACUCCUGUGUUGGAGAACAUGUCCAAGAGCAAGAAGAAGGCUUACAAGGAGCUUGCACAGAGGAUAGAGCGAGAGGAUAAGCUACGUAUCAUGCAGGAGAAGCUGGAAGUGCGCAAGAAAUUAAUGGAGACCAAGGCCAAGUCUGGUGAAAAGCCACAGCUGGUGCAGGCAGGGAGCACCACCUCUGCUCCUGUGUACAAGUGGCCCCAAAUCAGGAAAAAAUAGCAUGUGUGAAUUAUUAUUGUACCAUUUUUUUCAAUACACAUAUAUUUACCUUUU